GGGUUAGUUAAAAUUACGUUCUCGUGUCGUUUGCUUCGUGCUAGUGUUCCCUGAAGUUCGUUAAUAAGUAUUCUAAUAUUUAUAGUUCGUUUAAUAUAAAAUUAUGAAUUGUUAACUCAUAUCAUGCUUAAAAAUUAUUUAAACUAAAUUACUGUUUACUCUUGUAGCAGAUGUUCCGAAAAAAUAAUUAAAUAAAAACAGUCAGUUUUUUUUUUCAAAUAACUUUUCAAAAAGUUGAACCUUUGAUAAAUUGGAACAAUGUUUCUAUUGAAAAAAUAAAAAGAAAUUAAAAAAAGUCAUGGGUGACUUCCAAAGGACUAGAAGUAAGGUGUGGUUCAUGCCAAAUCUGGAUGAUGACGAUGAUGACAUUAACCAUUCGUGGCGACGACAUCCAUCAUCAUCACCAGAAAGUAGAAGAGUAUCAUCGGGCAGUCCGAGUAACGGUAGUCACAAAUCUCAAGAUUCAGGAUUUUCAGACUCUGAAAGUAGUACCUUAGGUUUAUCAAAACUUAAAGACGAUAGUCAAAAUCAAGAUGAAACUCUUCUAACUACCUCCUCUAACAUUUUUAAUUAUGAACUUCCAAGUAAAAUAUCACAAGACAUGUCUGUCACACAAAUGCUUUCAUCUACAAGUACAUCUAAUGAAUUAGAACCUCAGCCGUCAGAGCCUUGUAAUUGUUUUUUACCGGCCUGUGAAUUAUCAAGAAAGUUUCGAUCUUAUGGCAGUAUAUUAAAUAUUGUCGAUGUAGCAACCCCUUACAAAUCUACUCUAAAGUUGACUGAAGUAGCUACACCUGAAAUACAACCACAAACUCCGAACCGGACGUGUUUUAUUGUAGACGAACUACCAAAAAAUAGUGUUGCCAAUAGUAUUUUAUCGACGCCGGGUUCAGUUAAAAGUUUUGACGGCCAUUUCGAUCGAUCAGAAAAUGUUACCGUUGUAGAAAAUGUGAUCGCUAAACGAUCAAACAAUGACGAUGAAAAAAUUAACAAUGAUCUAAUUAUUGAACCACCUACGCCAUUCGUUGAUCGUUUACAAGAAGACAGCUGUAAGAACAAAGCUGAUCAAGGACGUGCCCAUAAUCAAUAUGGAAACAGUAGUGACUUCAGUGACUCAGAAAGACCGGGAUCACCCGAGCACACUUCCACUCCAAAAUCUACCAGAGACAGAUGUUGUACUCCUAGACUGAAUUGUAAAAGGCAAUUACAACUGAAGAAACCGAAAACUCCACAGAACGCAAAUUAUAUUAGAAGAAAUGAACGGGAAAAUGAAGUUCCUAUUGGCCAGUGGUUAAAUGAAUUAAGAUAUAGAUGUGAACCAGAAUGUAUGACCACUUUGCAAUCAAAAUCUAUUACUCCUUCAGAGGAUGCUUGUCGUCUAUCUACAAUAAUUUGCACAGAUUCAGAAGUCGUUCGGGAACUAUACCAACGUACUAAAAUUAUAUCUAACGAAUUCAAAAAAGUUUACAUUGACUUGAAUAAAUGUCGUAAUGACAAUUUCGGUUCGUAUGUACAAAAAUUAACAGCUCUUUUGCUAGAUUUUGUGUGUGAUCAUGAAACUGAACUAAACGAACAAGGCAAAGAGCUGUGCUUGGAAUUAGUAGAUGUAUCUGAGAGAUUAAGGAUCCACGCUAACCGCCGACUAGGCAAUAGGAAAAUUAUUGUCAACGAUGUAGCGACAUUAGGGCAGUUGUUUAGUGAGCUCGUUGAUGCGCUACUCAUGAAAAAAGUGCAGCAUUUGAUCAACAUCUUGGAAGAACCCAGUACCGACAUUGAACUAGUGAAGGCCAUGUCUAGUAUUAACAGUCUAGGACUGGAAAGUGUUCAUUUAGGAAGCUUAGUUACCAAAUGUAACGGCAUUCGAUCAUUGUUAACGGUCUGUAUAGAUGCAGUAGCUAGUACAGUUAGAUCAGCAGCUCUACGUACCCUGGCUAUGGUUUGCUGUUCACCCGAUAGUAUUAGACAAUUCGAAAAGGGCGGAGGUGUAGAAAUUUUAGCUGAUAUAUUGAACAGCAAAAAUCGUUCGGAAAAAGAACUUACUGAUGCCGUAUCUGUACUUGCCCAAAUAACUGCACCGUGGAUCGAUGACAACCACGCUGUCAAUGGACUUUCAGAUUACCUACACAUUAUUAUAUCAUCAUUAACAUGUUUGAUCGAGACAACACAAUCGAUAGAAACUUUACUUUUAUCUGCUGCUGCUUUGGCAAACAUGACUUUUAUGGAAUCUAAUGCCAUAUGGACUAUUCUUAACAUGGGUACAGCAGGAUCGUUGAUUGAAGCAGUCCGAAAAAGCGGCACGAGAGCAUCUGUAUUUUUACAGGAACAAACAGCCACAUUAAUAGCAAACAUGGCUACAGUUCCUGAGACUAGACCACACAUGGCUGAAAACCAUGCUGUAGUAGCGUUACUUUGUUUCUUGCAAGUGCGACAUUCACCUCUUCAACGUAUUCCAGAAAUUUUAGCUGCUGAGAGAUUACUACAUAAGACAGCUAUAGCUCUAUCAAGACUAUGUAGUGACGUUGAAAUUUCUAAGCAAGUUGUCGAAUUAGAAGGCGUUCAUCGCUUAGUUAGAUUAUGUAAAGAAGAAAGGGAACGAAAUCAUAGUGACGACGUUUUAGUAGCUUGUUUGGCUUCAUUAAGAAAAAUCGCAGCAAAUUGCGGCAAAGAAGUAAUUGAACAAUAUGACGCUACCGAACUUAUUGAACCAAGACUCUUAGACUCAUUUUUAUUAUAUUCAUCAAAACAAGAGAGUUAUGUUUAACUUAAUUAUUAUAAUAUGACAAACGCAUAUUUAAGAUUACAUAAAUUAUUAAAAGUUGUGACGUUACUAUAACUAAACUUAAUUUAAAUCAUAAAUAUAUUGUAUCAUUUUAUAUUUUUUAAUUGAAUAUUCGUAUUAUUGUGAAAACAAUGAGACUUUAAAACUAUUCCAUGAUUAUGACAAAAUGAACUGGACAUGUCUAUGUCUUUAUGAUUUUAA